AUGUCUGCCACACACAAUGAAUUCGUCACCAAUGGCGUGAGCCCCAACGAUCUUGAGUCUGGGAAAACCGAAGGACUCAGGGAGCUUCGCUCUGCACAGAGCAUAACCAUGACCCCUGAGCUUUUCGAAAAGCUCUAUCUCUCUCCGCCCAACAAGGUCGAGGGGAACCUUAGACGCACGUUUGGUAAUCCGACUCCAAUGGCUCUCGUCGGGUUUCUCCUAUCCCUUAUGCCACUCGCAUGCGAUCUGAUGGGAUGGAGGGGGGCUGGCGACUUUGGUGUUGCUCAAAUUUCCGUCUACUUUUUCAUGGGCGGCCUCUUGAUGUUUCUCAGCGGGAUCUUUGAAUGGGUCCUUGGAAACAGCUUCCCAGCAACUGUAUUCUGCAGCUUUGGUGGCUUCUGGUUCUCAUUUGGAGGGAUACUUAACCCCAGUUUCGGUGCCUACAGUUUCUACGCCACCGAUCCGCAGAAACCAACUACAGGACUGGCCAAUGCAAAGUUCAACGCAAGUCUAGGUUUCUGGCUAGUAGUCAUGGGGAUCCUGGCCUUUGUCUACCUGAUUUGCGCGCUAAGAACGAACAUUGUCUUUGUUACCAUAUUCCUCAGUCUACUGCCUGCCUUUAGCAUGCUUACGGCUGCAUUCUGGCUCCAAGCAGAGGAUUUUGAGGGGAACGCGGCAAAGGCAAACCGAAUGUUUGUGGGAGCCGGGGCAUCUCUUAUUGUCACGUGUGCUGCUGGAUGGUACAUGUUAGUGGCUAUUCUGUUUGAAAUUGUGGACUUUCCUAUCCAGCUACCGGUGGGAGACCUGUCCUCCGUGUUCAAGGGGCGAAGGUCCAUGCACUAA